AGAGAGGGAGGGGCGCGCGGAGGCGUGAGUACCCCGCCCCUCACUCCCGCCACCCUUUCCCCACCGCUCAGCAAGUUCUAAUCGCCGGGCGCGUGCUCGCCAGCCGGGGGCGCGCUCGCCGGGUCCUCCCCUUAAACGCCCUAUCCGCGCCGCUUAGCUCCCAGUCCCCGUCGGAGCCGCGCUUCCUCCGCGCCCGCCCGCCCCCAGGCUCCCCGCGGGCCGCGUCACGUGACCGCGCCCAGCCAAGGCGGCAGCGGCGGCGGCGCGAGCUUCGGCGGCGGCGGCGGCGGCAGAGGCAGCGGGAGCAGCUGCGCCGCCAGCGUGGAGCGGGAGGCGUGUGGGUGUGGAGAGAAGGGAGCGCCAGACCGGAACGGAUGUGUACAUCUCAUGAUUGAUACGAAGAAACUAGUCAUGGGCCAAAGGUCAAGAUACUUCUCUGGGAAAUGUUGCUGAUGCUGCUUUAUAAAGUCAUACAAUGAGUGUUUGGUUUAAGAAAGAUUUUCUUAUUUAAAAAAUUUUCAUCUUGGAAAUAUAUCAAGUGAAAAUCAGAAUCUUUUGGGAAACAUUUUCCUCCUGAUAAAUUAUCCUUGUAAUGGGCGACAUGGCAAACAACUCAGUUUCCUACAGCGGAGUGAAGCACACUCUUAAGGAAGCUAAUCAUGAGGGAGACUUUGGAAUCACACUCGCAGAGCUGCGGGCUCUCAUGGAGCUCAGGUCUACAGACGCAUUACGGAAAAUACAGGAGAGCUAUGGAGACGUCUAUGGCAUUUGCACCAGGUUGAAAACAUCUCCAAAUGAAGGUUUAAGUGGAAACCCUGCAGAUAUAGAAAGAAGAGAAGCAGCAUUUGGAAAGAAUUUUAUACCUCCUAAAAAGCCAAAAACCUUUCUUCAGUUAGUAUGGGAAGCAUUACAAGAUGUCACUUUAAUUAUAUUAGAAAUUGCAGCCAUAGUUUCAUUGGGCCUUUCAUUUUAUCAACCUCCAGAAGGGGAUAAUGCACUUUGUGGAGAAGUUUCUGUUGGAGAAGAAGAAGGUGAAGGUGAAACUGGUUGGAUUGAAGGAGCUGCAAUCCUCUUGUCAGUCGUGUGUGUGGUGUUAGUAACAGCUUUCAAUGACUGGAGUAAGGAAAAACAGUUCAGAGGUUUGCAGAGUCGAAUUGAACAAGAACAGAAGUUCACAGUCAUCAGGGGUGGACAGGUCAUUCAGAUUCCUGUAGCUGACAUUACUGUUGGAGAUAUUGCUCAAGUGAAAUAUGGUGAUCUUCUUCCAGCCGAUGGCAUACUUAUUCAAGGCAAUGAUCUUAAAAUUGAUGAGAGCUCAUUGACUGGUGAAUCUGAUCAUGUUAAGAAGUCUUUAGAUAAAGAUCCCUUACUUCUAUCAGGUACUCAUGUAAUGGAAGGCUCUGGGAGAAUGGUAGUUACCGCUGUAGGUGUAAAUUCUCAAACUGGAAUUAUCUUUACCUUACUUGGAGCUGGAGGUGAAGAGGAAGAGAAGAAAGAUGAGAAGAAAAAGGAAAAGAAAAAUAAGAAACAAGAUGGAGCUAUUGAGAAUCGCAACAAAGCAAAAGCCCAAGAUGGUGCAGCCAUGGAAAUGCAGCCUUUGAAGAGUGAAGAAGGCGGAGAUGGUGACGAAAAAGACAAAAAGAAAGCAAAUUUGCCAAAAAAGGAAAAAUCUGUUUUACAAGGGAAACUUACAAAGCUGGCUGUUCAGAUUGGCAAAGCAGAGUACAGAUUGUCAUAUAAUGUGAAGAUACUUCCCAGAAGCUGUUGGAGGCAUAUGAAAAUGAUGAAAGAUAAUAACUUAGUAAGGCAUCUGGAUGCUUGUGAAACCAUGGGAAAUGCUACAGCCAUUUGUUCAGAUAAAACAGGAACAUUGACAAUGAACAGAAUGACAGUUGUUCAAGCUUACAUAAAUGAAAAACAUUAUAAAAAGGUUCCUGAACCAGAAGCUAUUCCACCAAAUAUCUUGUCCUAUCUUGUAACAGGAAUUUCUGUGAAUUGUGCUUAUACAUCAAAAAUACUGCCCCCAGAGAAAGAGGGUGGAUUACCUCGUCAUGUUGGUAAUAAAACUGAAUGUGCCUUGUUGGGACUUCUUUUGGAUUUAAAACGGGAUUAUCAGGAUGUUAGAAAUGAAAUACCAGAAGAAGCACUGUACAAAGUCUACACCUUCAAUUCUGUUAGGAAGUCCAUGAGUACGGUCCUGAAAAAUUCAGAUGGAAGUUAUCGCAUAUUCAGCAAGGGUGCAUCUGAGAUAGUUCUGAAAAAGUGUUUCAAAAUCUUGAGUGCUAAUGGUGAGGCAAAAGUGUUCAGACCAAGGGACCGUGAUGAUAUUGUAAAAACUGUGAUUGAACCGAUGGCAUCGGAAGGCUUGAGAACCAUAUGUCUUGCGUUCAGAGAUUUCCCAGCAGGAGAACCAGAACCAGAGUGGGAUAAUGAAAAUGAUAUUGUCACCGGCCUUACAUGCAUUGCUGUUGUGGGGAUUGAAGAUCCUGUGAGACCCGAGGUACCAGAUGCAAUAAAGAAAUGUCAGAGGGCCGGAAUUACUGUGCGGAUGGUCACUGGUGAUAAUAUUAAUACUGCUCGAGCUAUUGCUACCAAGUGUGGUAUUUUACAUCCUGGGGAAGAUUUCCUAUGCCUAGAAGGUAAAGAUUUCAACCGGAGAAUACGAAAUGAAAAAGGAGAGAUUGAGCAAGAGCGGAUAGACAAGAUUUGGCCAAAGCUUCGAGUACUUGCAAGAUCGUCUCCUACUGACAAACACACACUGGUUAAAGGUAUAAUUGACAGCACUGUCUCAGAACAACGUCAGGUUGUAGCUGUAACCGGAGAUGGCACCAAUGACGGUCCAGCACUAAAGAAAGCUGAUGUUGGAUUCGCAAUGGGCAUCGCUGGAACUGACGUAGCUAAAGAAGCAUCUGAUAUUAUUCUCACAGAUGACAACUUUACAAGCAUUGUUAAAGCUGUUAUGUGGGGACGAAAUGUCUAUGACAGCAUCUCCAAAUUCCUGCAGUUCCAGCUCACUGUUAACGUAGUAGCAGUGAUCGUUGCUUUCACAGGCGCCUGCAUUACUCAAGAUUCACCGCUUAAAGCUGUGCAGAUGCUGUGGGUAAACCUCAUAAUGGAUACGCUCGCUUCCCUGGCUCUGGCAACUGAACCCCCCACCGAAUCUCUCUUGCUUCGGAAACCUUACGGUAGAAAUAAGCCUCUCAUCUCACGCACGAUGAUGAAGAAUAUUUUGGGUCAUGCAUUCUAUCAACUUGUAGUAGUCUUUACACUCUUGUUUGCUGGAGAAAAGUUUUUUGAUAUUGACAGUGGAAGAAAUGCUCCUUUGCAUGCUCCUCCAUCCGAACAUUACACCAUUGUUUUUAACACCUUUGUGCUGAUGCAACUUUUCAACGAAAUAAAUGCCCGGAAAAUUCAUGGUGAAAGAAAUGUGUUUGAAGGAAUCUUUAAUAAUGCCAUCUUCUGCACAAUUGUUUUAGGCACUUUUGUGGUACAGAUAAUAAUUGUGCAGUUUGGUGGAAAACCUUUCAGUUGUUCAGAACUUUCAGUAGAACAGUGGCUAUGGUCAAUAUUCCUAGGAAUGGGAACGUUACUCUGGGGCCAGCUUAUUUCAACAAUUCCAACUAGCCGUUUAAAAUUCCUAAAAGAAGCUGGUCAUGGAACACAAAAGGAAGAAAUACCUGAGGAGGAGUUAGCAGAGGACGUGGAAGAGAUUGAUCAUGCUGAAAGGGAGUUGCGGCGUGGCCAGAUCCUGUGGUUUAGAGGUCUGAACAGAAUCCAGACACAGAUGGAUGUAGUGAAUGCUUUCCAGAGUGGAAGUUCCAUUCAGGGGGCUCUAAGGCGGCAACCCUCCAUCGCCAGCCAGCAUCAUGAUGUAACAAAUAUUUCUACCCCUACACAUGUAGUGUUUUCCUCUUCUACUGCUUCUACUACUGUGGGGUAUUCGAGUGGUGAAUGCAUUUCGUAGUUCUUUAUAUGAAGGGUUAGAAAAACCGGAAUCAAGAAGUUCAAUUCACAACUUUAUGACACAUCCUGAGUUUAGGAUAGAAGAUUCAGAGCCUCAUAUCCCUCUUAUUGAUGACACUGACGCAGAAGACGAUGCUCCUACAAAACGUAACUCCAGUCCUCCUCCCUCUCCCAACAAAAAUAACAAUGCUGUUGACAGCGGGAUUUACCUUACAAUAGAAAUGAAUAAGUCUGCUACCUCUUCAUCCCCAGGAAGCCCACUACAUAGUUUGGAAACAUCACUCUGAUUGUAAGCUGAAUGUUAACACACUAGCUGCAUUGUAAAGAAACAAAUUGAAACUGGGUCUCUUCACAUAUUGUGACAGACAAGAUCGUAUUCUUGUCUUUGGACUUCAACAGAAGACACACUUGUACGAAUGUAGAUUUAUUUUUUUAAAAAAAAAAAAAGCAAAGCUUUCUGCCAGACUGAGGGUGCUUUUUGGGGGGGUGGGAGAAAUGAACUGACAGAUAAACAGUAACUCACCAUAAGUUGACCUGUGGAUCAUCAGUAGUACCUAAGAAUGGUCCUGCACAGUGUAUUAGCAGAGCUUUAGUUUAUCUCAGUCCUUGAUGGGAGAGAGGGAGGACUACCGCUGGGCAAGCAAAGAGCCCUGGAUCAUUGAAUUGAUACUUUAAUUUCUGCUGUUGGCUGUUAAUAAUUUGGAUUAUUUAUGUUUAUAAAUGAUACAGAUCUGUUUACAAGGUUUGUAGAUACUUUUUUUGUUCCUGUUCAUAGAUGGGAAGCUUCCUUAUAACUGAUGCAGAGAAAAAUUAGUCCUUCAAAUACUGCUGUAUUUUCAGGAAAAAAAAAAAAGGGUGUUUCUAUUGAAACUGUACUAAAUUUUUGCCUACAAUUUAACUUGUUAAAUAUUGUAGAUAAAUUGCUAAUACUAAUAGCCAAAUAGAUAACACUAAUGCUUUGUUUAAAAAAAAAAACAAAAAAACAAAACAAAACAAAAAAAACAUGAGCAGUGGUGUUCUAAUGAAGUUAUGGCAUCUGUCCUAAUUAGUUUCUUAAAUACAUUUACUACUUAAUGGUUUUGAAACAACUGUUUAAUUUUUAAAAUUUUUGAAAACUUGCUAAUAACCUUUUGUUCAGAAUUUAGUAGAUUGUUUAAUUCGGGACAUCAACUGCAUAAUGAAAGAUGCUUGAAAUGCUUUUGUUAUUUCAGGCAAAUUAAAUUAAAUCAAACUAUCAAACUACAAGAGAACCUUAGUCCUUUUUGUUUUUGUCUAAACAUGUUAGUUCAGUGCUGUCUUGGUGAACUGUGAGUGAACUGUAUUGACUUUUCUAAUAAAUCCUUAGGAACCUUCAUACAGAAUGAGGGCUGUUGGCAUUUUGAAAAAGGUUAAUAAGUAGAAGCGUACAUGUUUCCCUUUUGUUUUUGAAACUUGUUUGUAAACAUAAAUAAAUCUGCCCUUUUAUUAAAUAAAUUCACGGCAAUGUUUUUUUAAAGAAAUUUCAGCUUCUUUACUGAAUUCUGCAUAGAUGUUACAUUAGUCUGUUCUCUUUAACCACAAUUGGAAUAAAUUUCAAGAUGGUAACAGCCCCAUGAAGUACCGCUUUUAAUUCCUUGGUGAUAAUCUAAUAGAACCAGAUUAAGAAAAAAUAUUACAAUUUUACCAUUUGACAUAUUCUUCAUAGAAUUUAGUUUGUCUAAAAUAGUCUCACAGUUUAAAAAAAGUAAUGACCACCAUUGUCUUUGAUAUAUUUAUUUUACUUCUUAAGUGGCCAAAUAACAGAUUAGAUAAAAAUGAGAUUAUAUGAAAAGGUGAAAAAGGUCCUCAAAAUAUUUAGAUACAAUAAUCAUAUGCGGGAAUGCCGAUUUCUAAGCCAAUCGGAUUAAGUCUUUGUUUCUUUCUUUUGUUUACCUUCUCCCCUUCUUUGCCUCAUCUUUACCUUUUAGGAACUGGCAUUGUGUUAGGGCCCAGAUUUCACCAGAUACACAAUCCUCAGGCUGACAUAAAGUUUACGAGGACUACUACAACAUCUGAGAGUGCUGACCCAGCAAAGAAACAUUUAGUUGAUGGUGCUUGAUAUUUUUGGUGGGUGGGGGAAAAUCUUUUCUCUCCAUCAGUCUUUUGCAGUAAUCCUCUGCAAGUCUUAGAAACACAUUGGCUCUGUCAGCAUUUGUAAUUGUACAUUUAUUCAUCAGGUAUUUAUAGCGAAUCAUACUGUAAAAAGAGGUAGCAUGAUAUGCUGGAAAGCAUACUAGGCUAGGAGUCAAGACCUGGUUUCUAGUCUCGGUUUUGCCAUUUACGUGCUGCAUGACCUUGGGAAAGGCAUUUACCCUAAAUGAGGGUAAUGGACUAGACUAUCUUGAAGAAACCCUUUCAACUCUAAAAAUUGACCCUAUCAACUGGAGAAGCCUACAAGGCAUAGGGAAUAGAGAAAAGGGAAAUGUUUUCAGUUUUCUUUUUUAUUUUGGUUAUGCUUAAAUAUGAAUGUAAUUACCAAAAGAUUUAGAAGUGCAUGUGCUAUGGAGGAUUUGUAUUGAGCUUUUACAGUAUUCAUUUUUCAACUCAAGGCAAUGGCUUUUUACACCAACUCGAAUCCAUAAACGGGUCUUAGGACAUCCAUGAAGUAGUAGCAAGACAUGCUUAGUGUGUAUUUCUCUCUUUGAGACACUGUAAUUUCUAUCAGAAAUUUCCAGAGCAUUAUGUAAGUAGAAAAAAAGAAUGCAAGCAAGCUGUUAAAAGAUCUUGGAUCCCAUUAUAUAGUAUGUAUAGCUGAAAUCAGCAUCUGUAAUUCAAUCACUUUUUCUCUUUUAUCCUCUAACUAAAAAAUUGUUUAAUUUUGCAUCCCAAAUGUUUUUAAUCUUUGUAUAUUUUUUAAAAAUCCUUUCUCCUCAUCAUUGCCUUUUUCGUGGUUGUAAAUAGACUUACUUGCACUUUGAAGAUGAGUUACUCCUUGUCAUCUUACAAGUAUGUGAUAUGGUAAUUUUCAUAACAGAUGUCAGUUUUGAACCAAGAAAUGAUGAUUUGUUUAUAAGAAAAAAAAAACUGGCUUCAUUUCUGUGAAAUUGCUCUCUGAAAAUUUCUUUUUACACGUGUAAGCCAACUGAGAUACCGUGAUGGUGUUGAUUUCUUUCAAUGAUGCUUACCAUCUAUUUUAGCCACUGAGCCUUUUAUUAUUUGUCUAUUUGUAAAGUUUAUUUGUCUUAACUCAUUUAAUAAAUAUACUGUUUAUCUGUUUCUGAAUGGGGACUGAACUUUUUGAAUAUUUAAAUUGAUCCGAACAUCAUAUUUUGGAAUUACUUUUUUCUACUUGAAAUUUUAAAAACUUGAUUGAUGAAAAUUCUAUAAUGUACAUGAAAUGUUAUGGCUGUGUUACAGUGCAUCCGUGUUUCUAAUACGCACGAUCUUGCCCCUAGAAUGAAAGUGGGUAUGUUGUCCUUACAGUCCUACCCACCAUCUUCAAUCCUUAUAGCACAAUAGAUGGUUUCUGCAGUCCAUGGGAGUGGAAUGUUUUGGUUUUAGAAAAAUUUCGUUUUUCACAUUGACUGUAAGAGCUUAUUUUUUCAUUAAAUAAUGCAAACUUGUCAAUAGCAAUUACCUGAACUCUAUGGUAACAGAAUCAAAUUACUCUUAAUUGGUUUUUAUAAUAAAAUAUUAACAUAAAUUAGCAA